GUUCCAUAAUCAUGUGAUAGAGCUCCUUUUCCAUCAUGUUCGUCAUGUCAUGAGCAAGGGACUGGACACAUUUUGUGGUUAUCAGCUUGAUUUGGCCCUCGCGGAUUGGCCAAUUGCAGCGCUAUCUCGUCUCUUCUUCUUCUCCCUCCCUCUCUCGUUUUUGGCUUGUGACAGACCAGCCCAAGCACAUACUGCUCUUUUCUUCUUCUUUUUACUGCCUACCUAGAACUUAUAAUAACGAGCCACGAAGAACGAAAGCGAAUAAAUACCCUCGACGAGCGAUAGACGACUUCUCCUUCCUCCUCCAUAGAGAGUCUUUUUCAUUGGUCCUUUCCAAUUGCCUCAAUUGCUCGUCGACAUUCCCUUUCCUCGACGAGAUACUUUGGAAUCAUUCCACUCCAUUCAAUUCUGCCCCUCCCCCAAUGUCGGAAACAAUGACAUCCUCACACGUCUACACGCGCGAGCGGCGCGAUCGCUACCAUGAAGCAGACGUCGUCGUCGUCGGUGCCGGCGUCUUUGGCUGCGCGGCCGCCUAUGCGCUCGCCAACCAGGGCCGCUCCGUGCUCCUGCUGGAGCGGUGGAUGCACGAGCCUGAUCGCAUCGUGGGCGAACUUCUGCAGCCUGGCGGGGUGGCUGCGCUCAAGAAGCUGGGCCUGGGCCACUGCAUCGAGGGCAUCGAUGCCAUCCCCUGCUACGGCUACAACGUCUUCUAUCACGGAGAGCCGUGCGCCAUUCCCUACCCGAGACUCAACGACAAGGGCGAGGUCACACAUGCCUGGGGCGGACGAGGGACAGAGGGCGCGGAGCAGCAGGGAUGCGGAUUCCACCACGGCAAGUUCAUCACACAGCUGCGAAAGGCCUGCCUGGGACACAAGAACAUCACAGUGGUCGAGACCGAGGUCGUCAAGACGAUUCGGGGCGAGUUCGAGGAACAGAUCCUGGGCGUGGAGUCGCGCACCACGGUCAACAAGGAGACCAACGAGAAGAAGGACGACUAUUUCUUCGGCAAGCUGACCAUCGUGGCCGACGGCUACGACUCCAAGUUCCGCAAGCAGGUGCUCGAGACGAAGCCCGUCGUCAAGAGCAAGUUCUACGCGCUCGAGCUGGUCGACACGGUCCUGCCCAAGCCCCUGCACGGCCAUGUCAUCAUCGGCGACGCCUAUCCCAUCCUGCUGUACCAGAUCGGCACCCACGAGACCCGAGCGCUCUUCGACGUGCCCCAGAACAUCCCCGAGGCGUCGGUCGAGGCCGGCGGCGUGCGCGGCUACAUCAAGAAGCACGCCAUCCCGGCCCUGCCAGAGUCCGUCCGCCCGGCGGCCGAAAAGGCCCUCGCCGACGGCAAGAUCCCGCGCAGCAUGCCCAACAGCUGGCUCCCGGCAGUGCCCCAGACGCCCAACGGCCUCGUCGUGCUCGGCGACGCCCUCAACAUGCGGCACCCCCUGACGGGCGGCGGCAUGACGGUGGCCUUCAACGACGCCGUGCUGCUGGCCGAGCUGCUGCACCCGGACCGCGUGCCCAACCUCGACGACGCAAAGGCCGUCCGCGAGGCCAUGCACAAGCUGUACUGGCGCCGCAAGAACUUCACCAGCAUCAUCAACACGCUCGCCCAGGCGCUGUACUCGCUCUUCGCCGCAAACGACCGCCAGCUGCGCGCCCUGCAGAUGGGCUGCUUCGAGUACUUCCGCCGCGGGUGGACCGACGGCCCGGCCGGCCUUCUCGCCGGCAUCAUCCAGCGGCCCCUGGUGCUGGCGUACCACUUCUUCUACGUCGCCUUUGUGGCCAUCUGGAUGAACGCGUGCAACGUCAUUGGAGGCCCGCUGGGCUUCUGGAAGCUGCCGCUGGCGAUUCUGGAUGCUGUGCUCAUCCUGUGGAAGGCGUGUAUUGUCUUUUUGCCCGUCAUUUGGCGUGAGGGAUUUCAGUGAGGAAUAAAAAGGGGUGUUUGUGGGGUUUCUUUGGAAACUGUUGCAUUUUGCAUACGAAAGAAAUCAUCAAUGCCUGAUUUUUCCUUUAUUGUUUUUUUUUCUCUUUUUUCACCCACAGGCGAUGAGCGGAUUUUCUUUUCCUUUCCUUUCCUUUCUUUUCUUCAUGUACUGGUAGGCAUUGGCUUUGGAUUACGCAACAUAAAAACAUGUGGUUUCACGCAGUUAUGGCUAGUAAAAAAAGAUGUCAAAGAGGUUAAAGUAAUAUUAAUAGCACUCACAAUUUUUAUAGAUGAAG